AUGAAGGUCGCCGCUAUCAUCUCUGCCCUUGCCGCCGUCACCUUGGUUUCCGCUGGUACCUACCACGACCUCGAAGGCCUCGUUGAUGCCAAAAACGUUGUCCCCAACAGAUACAUUAUCGAAUACCACGACAGUUACAGCCACUCUGAUGCCAGAAACGCCUUGAACUCCCGCAAGGUCGACUACAAGGUCCGCAACGAGUACGACAUCUUCAACGGAGCUGCUAUCACCGUCAACUCCAAGCACGACGGCCGUGCCAUCGCUUCCCUCCCCGGUGUCAAGAACGUCUGGCCCAUCACCCUCCACUCGAUCCCCAAGAUCCAGAAGAGCACCGCCAAAGCCACCGACCCCGAGGCUGUCUCCCUCCACCACAUGACCGGUGUCGACAUUGUCCACAAAAAGCUCAAGUUGACCGGUAAGGGCAUCAAGGUCGGUGUCAUUGAUACCGGUAUUGACUACAAGCACCCCGCAUUUGCUGCCAAGGGCGCCACCGAGGGAUGCUUUUCCCGCUAUGGCAAGGACUGCCGUGUCAAGUACGGUUGGGACUUUGUCGGUGAUGACUACACUGGCGGUAACGAGCCCAAGCCCGACUCUGACCCCAUGGAUUGCCAGGGACACGGAUCCCACGUUGCCGGUAUUGUCGGAGGCGAUGCCCGCCACAUCACCGGUGCCCAUGCCCCCCCUCAGCCUUUCGUCGGUGUUGCCCCCGAGGUCACCUUGGGAGCCUACCGCGUCUUUGGAUGCGAUGGUAGCUCUGGUACCGAUGUUCUCCUUGCUGCCAUGGAGAAGGCCUUCAACGACGGCAUGAACAUCAUCAACAUGUCCCUCGGAGGCGGAUCCUCUUACAAGGGCAACCCCACCGCUGCCCUCGGCGACAAGCUCGCCAAGAGGGGCUUGACUUUGAUCGCCUCUGCCGGUAACGAUGGUUCCGAGGGUGUCUGGAUGGUCGGUAACACCGGUCUCGGUGACGACUCGACCUCCGUCGCCUCAUUCACUAACGCCUACGGCCGUUUCCAGACCUUCAACUAUGCCGGUGGCAAGUACUCGUACUCCCCCGCCGCCAACUUUGGCACCGUCAUCGAUCUCCCUGCCUCCGCCACCUUGGUCCCUCUCUUUGACAAGGCUGGUGUCCUCCAGGACGGAUGCGAUGCCGCUUCUUACACUGGUGUCCCCGUUUCCGGCAAGGUCGUCCUCGCCCUCGGUGACUACACUCGCUGCGGUUCUGGUGCCCGUGCUACCAUUGCCAAGAACGCCGGUGCUGCCGGUCUUCUCACCGCCACCACUCCCGUCGGCAUGACCAACAUUGGAGGCAUCGCAGGAUUCCCCAUGGCUUCCAUUGAGAAUGCGGCUGGCGAUGCCAUUCUUGCUGCCUACAAGAAGAACGCCGCUGAAGUCAUUGCCUGGUCCAAGACCCCCUCAGAUGUCAUGGUUGAGGGUGGUGGUACCAUCUCUGACUUCUCGUCCUAUGGUCUUGACGGAGACCUCCGCUCCAAGCCCGAUCUCGGUGGUCCUGGUGGAAACAUCUUGUCGACCUACCCUCUCGCCAAGAGUGGUUACGCCGUCUUGUCCGGUACCUCGAUGUCCUCCCCCUACGUCGCCGGUUCCCAGGCUCUUUUCUAUCAGGGCAAGAAGAACGGUCCCCGUGGUCUUGAGACCCGCAAGAUCUUCAAGAACACUGCCACCCUGACCAAGCUUUGGAAGGGCAAGAACUUGGUCUCUGCUGCCAAGCAGGGAUCCGGUCUCAUCAAUGUCAUGAACGCCCUCACGGCCACCGCCACCAUCACCCCCGACCACGUCGAUCUUUUGGACACCGUCCACUUCCGCAAGACCCAAAAGAUCACCAUCAAGAACUUUGGCAAGAAGACCGAGACCUACACCCUCUCGCACACCCCUGCCGAUGCUUUGAACUCGUACUACGACGGCAAGGGCUACCCCAACCCCGACAUCAAGUUCGAGGAGGACUUUGCCACCGUCGCAUUCUCCCAGAGCAAGGUCAAGAUCCCCGCCGGCAAGUCUGCCAGCAUCACCUUGACAUUUGCCGAGCCCAAGAAGGGUGAUGCCAAGCAGUUCCCCAUCUACUCUGGAUACGUCAUUGCCACCCCCUCGACCGAGGGCUCCCCUGCCGUCCACAUCCCCUACACCGGUCUUAAGGGAGAUGUGUCCCAGGUUCCCAUGAUGGACGUUCAGCGUGGAUACCCUAAGCUCAGCCAGAUCGUCGGCUCUAGCAUUAUUGCCGCCCCUGCUGGCAAGACCUGGGACUUCAAGAAGGAGACCGCUGUUGUCUUGUACCGCCUCGGCUCUCACUCUCCCAACUUCAGCGCCAGCGUCUACGAUGACAAGAAGACCUUCAAGGGCUACCUCAGCACCACCGAUGGCCCUGCUUACGGUUUCGCCGGUCGCCAGAAGAACCUCAAGGAUGGCCAGGUUGUCCAGGCUGGUUACGUCUGGAACGGCGAGGUCUUCACCUCCAAGAACGCUACCGCCCCCGUCGCCCUCCCCUCGGGCACCUACUCCAUUGUCGUCGCUGCCCAGAAGAAGCUCACCAAGGGUGCUUACCCUGCUGACUUUGAGGUCUUCACCAUCCCCAACGUCAAGUGGUAA